AUGUCUGGCUGCUGUAGCAAUCUAACAAAGAAGUUUAAAGCAUUCGUGGAGAAGAGAGGAGGAAAUGUUGUCGAUCUGGGUGUUGGUAUAAUCAUCGGUGCUGCCUUCUCUGCUGUUGUCAAUUCAUUCGUCGUCGACAUUCUCACGCCUCCCCUUGGUCUUUUCAUUCAUGGUUCACAACUCGAAAACUUCUUCAUUGUCAUUCGUCCCGGCAGAACCCAUCAUGCCAAUUAUACUACUCCGCAUGACGCUCAGGAUGAUGGGGCCGUAACUAUGAAUAUUGGUUCAUUUAUAAGUGCUUGCAUUACCUUUCUCAUGAUAUGUAUAACUUUAUUCUGGCUUGUACUCAUUCAUGACUCGUUCCAAGAACGAUUCGAACACAAGAAAGGAAAAUCCCCCGACACCUUGCCCUGUCCAUGGUGUAAAGGAGAUGUGCCAAAAGACGCUGUCAAGUGUCAGCAUUGCUGUAGUAUGUUAAACGAAAAGCCACCGCAAGCAAACGGAAAUAAUGAGAGCCUAAUUGAUGUACA